AGGACCGGGGCGAGCUGGGACUGGACUGGACUGUAAGUAGUGGUAAGUAGUAGUAGUAAGCCAGGCGUUGAGUCCGCGCACUGCGAGCCAGCCAGCCAUAGUCACGCCAGCGCGGGAGAAGCGAGAGAGACGCGAGGGGCGAGCCAGAGACGAGAGAGAGACGAGAGAGAGCGAGAGCGAGAGCGAGAAAAAUUGUGGCUGUGGCGAGUGGUGACCCCUUGAUUCCCAAGGUCAUUCUCCAGCUUCACUUCUCGUCUCCAUUGAAGAAUCCACAAACGCGCGGCACCAUUUCCUUUUUCCGGGCUUCUCAAUUGCCUCCUCCUCCUCCUCCUCCCCUUCCCUUCCCGCCCUCGUUCGUUCAUGUGCUAGGGCAAUUCUUUGGUCUUCUUCUGCUUCUGCUUCUCCCGCUUUCUCCACGACCAUGAUCAUAUCUUCUUCCUCCCCCUCCUCCUCCUCCUCAUCUGCCCUCCUCCUUGUUUAAUCCCCCCCCCCCCUCCUCCUACUUCUCCUCCUCCUACUUCUCCUCCUCCUCUUCUCUUCUCCUUCCCUCCCUCUCUCGGGAUGAUGCUGGCCAGGCUCGCUUAUUCCCCUGCCUCCUCCACCCUCCGCUCCUCCUCUCUUUCCCGCACUAGUAUUUCUCGUCUCUCUUCUCCCCUCCCCAUCCGCCGUUCUCGUCCCUCGUCUGUGCGUCCUGUACGCGCCUCCUCUAACCUCUUUGAUCAAGGAACCUCUUGGUGGCGCCAAAACCGCCCUACCGUGUCUACUUUUCCUAGCGUGCUUCAACGCCUGCACGCUCAUCAAUUCCGAGCCCGCUUCAUCAAAGCUGCAUCAUGGCUGGCCGCAAUGUUGUUGCUCGUAGCCAGCGCACGCUAUGCACAAUUGCGGGCUCAGCUGUAUAUGGACCGCAAUAUCCUGCCUCCCCUGGCUUCAAUUUUAACUACGCACUUGGGUCGGGAUGUGAGGCUUGGGAAAGUGGAACGGUUGUCCUUCUUAUCCGUAUCUCUUGGUACAAGUUCUAUCGGACCUCAUGCAGAGGAAUUUUCCUGUGGAGGAAUUCCAGCAAUUCAAAUUCAUUUCCGACCAUUAAAGAGUCUCAAGAGGGGCCAAGUUGUCUUGGAUGCUGUGUUAAGGAAUCCUCAUGUGCUUGUUGCUCAGAAGCGGGAUUGGUCUUGGUUGAGUAUUCCUAUGUUAUCAGAGAAAAAACCCACCACCAACAGGCAUAGCUCUGAAGCUGGUAUUGAUGAUCGCACCAAAGUGAGACGCAUUGCACGAGAAGAUACUUUGUUAAAAAUGAUGAAGGAAAGGGAUUUAGCUGCACGCCAAGCUAGCAAAUCUGGUUAUAGAAUGGGAGGUAUGGUGGAUUCCGUCAAUACAAAAAGCAAAGAUGUGAUUGAAAAGGAAAGUCUAGGGAGUAUUGAGGGCGAUAUGGAGAUUGCUCAGGCCGAAUCAGAUGUUGAUGAUGAGAGUUUAAACUCUCAGGAACAAGGUGGUUUUCAGAGAAUAGAGCGGAGGGGGAAAAGGAACACCAUUGCAGGUUUUAGCGAGGACGACUUUGACGCACCCUUAUUAGCCAAAGAUAUUGAAAGACAGGUCUGGAGAGCGAAAAGCUGGACUGAAAAGCAUUUUCUGAAGCCCGUAAGAAGGAAGCUGUUAAAGAUGCGGUCUCAAAGGCGUAGCUCCGUGCUCUCAAAGUCUGAAUAUCAAAACUGGAACCUCCAACGUAGUGCCAUAGCUUGUCGCGGCAUGUUUGAAAAGAUCGAUCGAGAUAAAAGGCGAAAGCUCCUUUCUGCAAGGAAUAGUGGAAUUAAGGGACAAGGAGGCGGUAUGAAAUCUGAUUUAGAGAAAGUUUCUUCCAAUAUUCUUCAGAUGGAGAACAAUCAAUCAUUUGUAAACACUAAGGAAAUUGGGGAUGGCUUGGUGGCAUCAGUGACGAAUCAUCAUGCAUUUCAGAGCAGACAAGGUGGGAAUGUGCAGACAUCAAGAACGGACCAAACUUCUCCUGCUACUUUGAAAGGAACUGGGAUGAGCUCCUUUGAUGAGCUUUGGGAUCAUGGAUCAACGAAGGAUGAAGGGCAUGGGAUGUCGUUGACAAUAAAGGUCAAAAGCCUCGCUAACAGACUUGUGAGACAAGCUAAGAGGCGGGUAGAUGUUUCUCGAGCUAAUGGAUGGACGCCAAUUGCCUUAAACUCUGUGUAUAUCAAGGAAGGAACGCUUUCCUUGUUGGGGUAUGGUGAUGAAGAACCUAGGGUGAUGGAGAGGGUUGAAGGGUCUGUCAAACUGAGCGGUAACCACCAGCAGAUUCUGGUGCAGGUGACAGGAAGGCCCAAUGAAUGGCGAACAGGGAAGACAGGGAAUGGUGGGAGGCUUCUUGUGAAAGUAGCUGUUGACCUGGCUAAUCAGUCCUGGGAUGUCAGACUCAAAAGCUGCAAUAUUUUUGCACCACUCUUUGAGAGGUUACUCGAGUUACCUUUGGAGUGGUCAAAUGGCCGGGCAUCAGGAGAGCUACGAAUCUGGAUGAAGAAGGAAGACGCGUUUCCAAACUUUGGUGGCAGGCUAGAUGUGAAAGGGCUUGACUUCCGUAUUGCAGAUGCCCCUGCCUCCUUCACGGGCGUUGGUGGCACAAUCUUCUUUCAAGGACAGCGCUUAUUUUUUCACAAUGCUACUGGAAAAUAUGGGUCCAUUCCAUUGACAGUUUCUGGAGAUAUGGACAUUAAUCCGGACGACGGAGAGUACCGCCUCAGUUGCCAGGUUGCAGGGGUGGAAGCAAAUGCGCUAAUGAGGAGUCUUGGUGCGCAGCCACCUCCUUUAUCUCUGGCAGGGUCUCUGAAGGGUGUUGUCUAUUGUCGGGGCCCACUGGACAGCCCAAUUUUUGAAGGCAGUGUUGAAACAACUGGCAGAAAUAUGACACUGACUUAUGAUUCACCCCCGUCAGCUGCUAUCGAUGCAGUCCGGAAAAACCUUGAGAGGGGUGCGGUAGCUGCUUAUGAUCGUGUACCCUUCGUGUCUGCUUCCUCAAGUUUUACUUUCAAUACCGACAAUGGGAUGGCUGAUUUGUAUGGACUCAAAGCAUGUCCGGUUGGUGGGGGUGAGAUUCGUGGAGCUGGAAGUCUGUGGAUCUGCCCAGAGGGUGAGAUGGAUUCAACUGCUGUAAACGUGGAUUGCUCUGGGUCCAUAGCAGGGGAUUCUCUAGCAAGUUUUUAUGCCCCAUCAGGUGUCGAGAUUCCUCCUUCUAGUUUUGGAGUUACUCAGGUGGAGGCUAAAAUUCGUGGAGCGGUGCUAAUGCCAGUUUUUGACAUUAAAUGGGCUACACCGGAGGCACAAGGUGCCUUUUAUGAAGGUCGCGGAGAUGUCCACAUUUCUCGAGAAGCCAUCAUUCUGCACUCGUUGGCAUCUUCUUUUAAUUUAACGACUACAGUUCAUACAAGAUACCCUCCCAUAGUACGAAAUUGUGGUCCUCGGGUUCCAAAAGUGAAAUUAGCUACUAUGCCAUCAGUAACUGGGUUGGAAGUUGAUAUGCGACUGGAUGGUUUUGAUCUGAUGGGUGUUCAAUCUCUUUGCUUUGGUGAAGCUUUUUCUCCUCCUCAGUCCAUGCAUAUGAAUGUUUAUGGUAAGAUAAAAUUCGAUGGCCACGUUCCUGAUAAGGAGACAUCAUCGCUGGAGGGCUUACAAUCUGAUUUAUCAUUGGAGAGGAAUCUCACAAACAUGAUCGGGGACGUGUCUUUGUCGGGACUGAAGCUUAAUCAAUUUGUGGUUGCUCCAAACCUUAUCGGUUCAUUACACAUUUCCCCUACUGCUUUAAAGCUUGAUACUUCCGGCAGGAUCAACGAGCAUCUUCGUGUGCAAGUUUUUGACAUGAAGGAAGACCGGAACUCCUCCACAGAUGGACAACUUUUGCUGCCCUCGUCUGGUGAAAGGUCUCGGAAGGGAUUGUCGUUUUCGUUAGAAAGGGGGCACCUCCGCACCAAUCUUCAGUAUCGACCAGGGAAUUCUGCAAAGCUUGAGGUUCGGAACUUGCAACUUGAUGAGUUGGAAUUAGCGUCUUUGCGAGGUGCAGUGCAUAAGGCGGAUAUGUCUUUGGAUCUUCUCAGAAGGAAAGGACGAGGGAGCCUUGAUGUCAAACAACCACGUUUUAGCGGCCUACAAGGAGAGUCUCUUGAUUUGGCAGCUCGCUGGUCUGGAGAUGUGGUGACGCUGGAGAAGUCGGUACUUGAGCAAGCGUAUAGUAAGUAUGAACUGCAAGGAGAGUAUGUGUUACGAGGGCAACGUGCUGGAGAGAAAGAGAGAGACGAAGAAGUGAUGUUGGAAAAAGCAAUGGGAGGACAAUUAGGCACAUUCAUCACUUCGAUGGGACGCUGGCGCUUGCGCCUUGAAGUACCUCAAGCAGAAGUUUCUGAAAUGCUACCAGUUGCUCGUCUUUUGUCGCGGAGCAGUGAUCCUGCUGUUGUGUCUAGAUCAAAAGAAAUAUUUCUGCAAGGAGUACAAAACGCAGGUUUUUCUGCAGAUAAUGCAAAGGAACUGCUGGAUUAUAUCGGCAGCAGAAAAGCUGGUGACCCCGAGGAUGAAAGUGAACCUGAAGCACUUCCUUUGCCUGGACUUGCGGAGCUUAAGGGAAAGUGGAAAGGUACCCUUGAAGCCACUGGUGGUGGCAAAGGAGACACUACGGCGGACUUUGAUCUCCGAGGGGAGGAUUGGGAGUGGGGUGCCUACAGAACUCAACGUGUCAUUGCAGUUGGUGACUUUACAAACAAUGACGGUCUUCGACUUGAGCGAUUUUUCAUUCAGAAAGACACUGCCACUCUACAUGCCGAUGGAACUGUGCUAGGCGCUAAGCCUAAUCUUCACUUCGCUGUUCUAAACUUCCCUGUCAACCUAGUACCACCUCUUUUGCAUGCUAUUCAAUCAAGCUCCCAGAAGCCUCUUCCAUCAUCUUCAGUGUCCUCACCUCCAUCUUUAAAGGGUACCCUCUACAUGGAGGGUGACCUGAGGGGUCAUAUGAUUAAACCCCAGUGUGAUGUCCAAAUCAGACUUCUGGAUGGUGCUAUUGGAGGAGUCAGUUUGGGUCGUGCUGAAGUCGCAGCGUCUAUCACUUCUGCAAAUCGAUUAGCCUUCAAUGCCGUCUUUGAGCCAAUUACGCAUGCUGGUCAUGUCCGCGUGAGAGGAAGUCUGCCUAUGAGUCCAGAGGAAACCCUGGAUGAAUUGCGAGAGGAAUUGGACGAGGAGCAAGGUAGGGAAAGGAAGAAGCAUAGAAGGGCGCGGGGACGGGGUUGGGAAAGAAGCCGGGAACGAGAUGUUGAAGACGAUGACAACGUGGUCAGUGAUGUACAGGACAGAAGUGGGGGUGGUGAAGAAGGAUGGGAAGUGAGAUUGGCUGAGAGCUUAAAACCUUUGGAUAAGGAUUUUGUCGAUUCUGGUGCUGUUCAGAUAGAUGCAGCUGUUAAGGAUGGGGGUAUGAUGUUGCUUACAGCUUUCUCUCCAAAUUUACAAUGGAUCCAGGGUUACGCUGAUGUGACUGCGCAGAUUAGGGGAACAGUACAGCAACCAGUUGCUGAUGGCGUGGCAAAGUUUCAUAAAGUCUCUGUAUCCUCUCCCGUGUUGCCAAGGCCUUUCUACAAUCUGGGCGGUAGCAUAUGUGUCAAAAACAAUCAGCUAUGCGUGGAAGGACUAGAAGGGCGGGUUGGAAGACGUGGCCGCUUGGAAGUGCGGGGUCAGUUACCCAUAAAAGCCAAUGAAGGAAUCAACAAUGGAGAAGCCAUUGAAAUUAAGGCUGAUAGUUUGGAGGUGCGAGCUAGACACACUUUCAGUGGGCAAGUAGAUAGUAACAUGCGUUUGAUGGGUUCUCUCUUGGAACCUGAGGUCACUGGAUUAGUGAAAUUAAGCCACGGUGAAGCAUACCUGUCACAAGAGAAAGGUAUGGAGAAAGGCCCAAAUUCCUCGCCUUCAGCAACUACUCCAGAUUCAUCAAGAGCUAACACCUACUCCAGAUUCACCAAGGCAAAUACUCUAAUGGCAGCACCUGGAAAUAUUUCUCGCAACCAAACUGCCGAGAUGUUGCCUUUGCCCGAUAAACUCAUUAGGAAGAUAUCAGACGAUCUCUCCUCUAUUGAAGGUAAAGAUCAGAAGUCACAGCCGCCUAUAGCGGUACGCCUUCGAAGUUUAAAGCUUCAGCUGGGCCCUGAACUUCGUAUGGUAUACCCUUUGAUCCUUAAUUUUGCGGUGAAUGGUGAGCUGGAGCUAAAUGGCUUUGCGGACUCGACGAGAGUGAAACCAAAGGGUACAUUGACAUUUGAAAAUGGAGAUGUUAAUCUAGUUGCUACCCAGGUUCGGCUGAACAGGGACCAUGCAAAUAGAGCUAAAUUUGAACCAGAUCAAGGUUUUGAUCCCAGCCUUGACCUUGCGCUAGUGGGAGCAGAUUGGCAGAUUAAGGUGCAGGGGCUGGCCAGCAAAUGGCAAGACAAUCUUGUUGUGACAUCUAUUCGCACUGGCGAACAGGAUGCUCUUACCCCUAUUGAGGCUGCACGUGUGUUUGAAAGUCAACUAGCAGAUUCUUUGCUUGAAGGAGAUGGACAGCUCGCGUUUAAGAAGCUAGCGGCAGCUACUGUUGAGACUCUCAUGCCCAAAAUUGAAACAAAAGGAGAGUUUGGGCAAGCACGAUGGCGCUUGGUUUCAGCACCUCAGGUCCCCAAUCUACUCUCCCUUGACCCAACAACAGAUCCUUUCAAGUCUUUGGCCAACCUCUCUUUUGGCGCCGAAGUCGAGGUGCAAUUGGGAAAACAUUUACAGGCAUCCGUUGUGCGCCAGCUCAAGGAAUCAGAAAUGGCUACACAGUGGACUUUGCUUUACCAGCUCAACAGCAAGUUGCGUGUACUUUUCUCCUCUAUACCGUCUGUUGACAAUCGGUUGCUGAUUGAGUAUUCGGCAUCGUCACAAAGUUGAUAUCCUCGAUGAGGCACUACUGUUAGAUCUGGAUUUUAUGCACUUAUUAAUUUUGUCAGCUAUUUCUGUAAUUUUAGACUCGUUACUUUGUAAGUUGUAAGUAGUAUUUUUCUCUAAUUUGUUGGUCAUCAAUUGAUUUGAUUUCCUGAAAUGGUAUUUAUUUAAUCAGAUGACCUGCCUUGAUGUUGGUAACUUUAGAAUAGCUUUGUAAGCACAUUUCCACAUGGGGAUUUACCCUAAACCUGUGUAGAUUGUAGACCUAGCCUAGGUAGUUUUCUGAUUUGUGACAGGUAUUUUGAAGUAUUUUUCAUUAACCCUAGAUGUCAAGGAGUAAGCGUAUUUUUUAAUUUUUUUGUAUAAAGACAUCUACUCUGAUCUUUUGGACAUACCCUUCCUCAAUACUAGAAAAUAAAAAUUCUCUCGACCAUGCAUUGAAAAAUA